CAUACAUUCCCAUUCACUUUAGCUAAGACACCGGAACAACACAUAUAAAUGUAAAAUAUUUCGAGUACAGUUUUACUUUAUUGUGCAUUUGCGUUAAUUGGUAGAACCGAAAGCCGCUGAAAUCCAGGGCUAAAAUUGAUAAGAGUUUGCAAUAAGUAAAGCCAAAAACACAAGCCUUUCGAUGAGAAUGGUGCGCCCCAGUCGUCGCAAGGGAAUCGAGGAGGUGUACGGGUCCAAGAUGGACACUGUGCAUCCUGUGAAAUCAGUGGCGAUAUCCCAUGCAGGUAUGACCAAAACCACCACAAUGAGAGCUCCAGGUGGGGCAGGAGGAACCAUUAGCUCCCGGCAAGCCGAUGCCCGCACGCAGCGCAGUUUUGUCACCGAAAACGAUUACUAUAUUACCACGAACUUGCCCCUGACGGCGGCUAAUUUGCGGAAUGCCCCCAGUGCGAUGACGCAGACAUCGCCAUCGCAGAUGAUUCCCGGUCACGCCCAGCCGUCGCCCUAUAAUGCCAUGUCCUCGAGGCGAAACAAUAUGGCCAACAAGGCCAGUGCCCGCCAGCCGCCGAUGAACAAGAUUCCGCAUUUUGGCCAGGGUGAGGGUAAGGCCAACAAUGGUGGUUAUAGCAUGGCCAAAUCGAAGGAGGGCUAUCGAGUGCAGCACCAUGGAAAGGGCAAUACCCAGAGGGGCAACUAUGCCAUGGACGAUAACGCCGAGUUCUCCGACAAGGAGCUAAUGGUGCCCCAGCAGCAGCAGGGAAAUCUGGGGAAUAUGCGGAGGCACAAUCAGCAUUCCCAUGCCCACCAGAUGCAAAUGCAGAUGCAGUCCGGAGUGAUGCAGCAUCCGCCGCAGCAUCAACUCCACCAGCAGCAGAUGCCCAAUCACAGUCACAUCAAGCAGCAGCAGCAACAGCAGCAACAGCAACGCCAACAUCCCCAUCCACAUCCUCAUCCACAUCCACAUUCGCAUCCACAUCCCCAUCAGAAGCACUCGCGUGGGCGACAGCCGAUCCCGACGAGCAAGGUGCACGUGAGUACCGCCGAUGACGAUGACGAGAAGGAGGACGAUCCCGAGGAGUUCUUCGAGCUGAUUCGCCAGACCGUCCAAACUGCCGUAGGAAACACCAUAUCGGAUGCUCUGGGAAAGAACUUUCGGGAUCUGAGCCACAAAAUCGAAAGGUUCUCGGGCGAGCUGAAGCAGACCAACGAGAAUCUGGACAAGCUGCAGGAACAGGUCACCAGUAAGGUUAUUUACUACGGCGAAGAGAACUCUCGGCACUUUCGUUACUUGUGCAUGAAGUCCGAGUACGAUAAGAUGUUCUACCAGCACCAAUCGAUGAUGACGGGCAAGCCGCCUACUCCCGAGAUGAUGAAUCUCUCGAAGGCGAACCUAGUGGCUGCUGCCUCAGCGAGCAAACAUCUAGGAUACAAACCAUCCCAGACUCUUAAGCACCAGGGUGUAAAAGGUCACAAGGGUCAAAGCAGGGCGACUAAUAACCAUAAAAAGGAGAUUAACGAAGCUCUAAAGAAUUGGGCCUAUCAUGGUACCUCGAAGGCUCAACAGCAGGGCAUGGCAGCACGAAAAUCUUCUUCUGACCAUAGCUUAGUUGGAAAAUCCUCUGAAAUGGGCGUUCGCGAGGUAAUCGAUCACAUUCAGCGCUAUUGCAAUCAGGUGCAAAUGAAGGAACAGAUGGGUGCUGAUGGGCAACUGCCCAAUCUGGAGGACAUCUUGAUACCCAAGAAAAUGUCCAGCGGGGGACUCUGUGAACCGGGGUCCAAGAGUUCCCGUAACAUGGCAGGCUGUCAGGGUGACAAAAAGGAUGACGACACAGAGGGGGAAACCCUAGAUAGCAUGGAUGAGACCUACACCGAGGUUGAUGACUUCCAGUUCUCCUCGGACAUCUCAACCUGUAGCGAGGAUGAUGUUUGUGGGCCGAAAUAUCUAAAAGGAGCGGCCACAGCUCGACCUUCGGCCAAAUUGAAUCGAAGGGCCGCCAACAAGGGUGCCGGAGAUGGUCAGUAAUGCCAAUGGACUAGCUAUAUAUACUUCAAGUCAGAUCAGACAAUGGAUAAACCUCAUGUAUGGUGGAAGGACCUUUCCCCAUCAUCUUAUAACUUGUUCAACACUUUCUUUUGGAAUGAACUAAAUUUUCCCCCAACAACGUAAAAUCCAAAAAAUGUAAUAUUUAAGUUUAGAUCACAUACUUCCAAAAAUUAGCAAUAUCUUAGUAUUGCUCGUACUUUGCGUACACCUAUUUAUGUAAUUGGACUUGGGGAUCAUAAUUAAACU